UACCCGAUUCUAUUGUGGACCUUUCGGGCGUCGUGUUUGUUCCUUUAGUCGACGGCGAAUGCCGGUGUAUGCGGCCUAGGUUGGCUGUAAGGAUGUAUGAGAGUCUGGUGUGCGACUGGGCCUCAGUCCCUGGUGGGUUGUAGUGUCGGGUCUGCAGUGAAACAUCAGGUGGUCCGGCCUUGUUCGUGCUGUGCGCCCCCCGGUCAAGGCCCGGGUCUCCGCUCUCCGCCAUGGAGCCCACGUUCCCGCCCAGCAUGAUCAUGUUCAGCCAUCUUCCGCCCGUCACCAGCUUCACUCGUCUGGGGUCCGAGUUGCUCCCGUCUGGUUCGGCCGACCUCAUUCUCAAGAAGGAGCCGGGGUCUCCGCCUCAUCACUCCGACUUCCUUCACAGCCUAACUGGCAUCAAACAAGAGAAGCUUGGUGAACACGAUCACUACCGAUAUUACCAGUCAGAGAGACCGGCUGAAAUCCUGGAGGUGACCGUGGGAAGCUCAGGCUUGGGACCAGACUUGGGACUGAGUCGAGAGCUAUUGAUCAGGACUGAAAAAAAUGGCUGCGAUCCAAAGCCGAGCCCCUCCAUGAAGAAGACCAGGAGGCUAAACUCCGAAGCUCAGGAAGCAAAACCCAAACGCAGGCGGAGUGAUUCCUCUAAAUCCUUAGGUGUGGAUGGUGAAGCUGCUAGUCUGUCUCCAAAUCAGAAACCUCAUAUAUGUGAACACUGCAGUGCUGCUUUUAGAAGUUCCUAUCAUCUACGCAGACAUGUGCUCAUUCAUACAGGUGAAAGACCUUUUCAGUGCAGUCAGUGCAACAUGAGUUUCAUUCAAAAGUAUUUGCUACAACGGCACGAGAAAAUUCACAGUGGUAAGUAGAAAACUAUAUUAAAGAACACUGGUGUCUGUACUUGUGCCAUUUAGCACAUCAACUGCUUAAAAUUCGCUUAAAUCAAUCUGAUGCGCAAACUAAAGCAGAGCUCAAUGUCAUUCAAAGGUAGAAGUAACCAAAUGUUUUAACUUUGAUCAGAGAUACCACAGUUUUUCUAGCUGCUUCAAAGUGAAUACUUUGGUCUCAGUGUCUCUCAAUUUCACACCAAUUCUUUUUACACCUAGAUCCCAGUAUAGAGGAGACUUGAGGAGUGACUCCAGUCUCUGAACAAUCACUACCUAGCUAGCAAUAUUAAAUAUGGUUAUAACUCUAAUUUUAUGUAUUACUUUUUUAAUGCACUGCAAACCUUUUUCAGAUUAAAAUAUAAUUAUGUCUUUGUUCUCUAACUGAAUUCACAACUUACUUAGUUUAAGAAUACCAAAAUAGUUUGUAUUUGAUAUUGUUUUUUGGGAGGAGUUAACUGUAGAUAUAGGUUAGGUAUAGCCCAAAAAGCCCUGAGUAAUAUGUUUUUGGGGAGUGGCAGCUUUCUAGGCCCUGUUCGGAUACUGUAGCUGGAAACCCUGUGCUUUUAACCCCUUAAUACCUGAACUCUCCCCACUGUCACAGUUGGACAAGUAGUCCAGUUGUGUGGUAAAUUGGAGGCAGAGGCUAUAUUGUUUAGUCCUGUUAUAAAGCAGUCACGGGCAGGAUUAGUUAAAGGGACAUCAAAUCCCCAAAAAAUUAUUUCAUGAUUCAGAUUGAACAUACCGUUCUUAAACAACUUUCCAGUUUUCCUCUCUCACAUUUUCUUUUUCUUAUUAUCCUUGGUUGAAAAGCAGGAAGGUAAGUUUAGGAGUGUGCAUGUGUCUGCACUAUAUGGCAUCAAAUUUGUAACAAUGUUAUACAUUAGCAAGGGCACUUGAUGGCAGCACUAGUUCUUUCAUCAAGGCGAUUAUGGCAAGUCUUGUAGUUUAUGUGCCUAUCAGGUAAGUGUGGGGGCUGUUUGCAGAUGCUUGGCAAAUAGCUACUAACUUAUGGGUCUAUCAUAGACUGGGGACUAUUAUGUCAGGCAUUUUAGGCAUGUUUUUUUUUUUUUUUUUUUUUUAAGUUAUUUUCACCUUAUGUGGGCCUUGGCGUUUCUAAUUUUCCUUCAUAGCUUCAAAACACGUGGGGUGUAUUCCAACCUAUCAGGAGGAAGUCAAUAACCCUUGCAGAGCUUUAGCCCCUCCUCUCCCUCCCCAGUUUAUUGCCCUCUGAGGAGAGAGGUUAUAGAUUUCAGAGGUGCUCUACUAUCGAGUUUUUUAUUUCUUUCAUGUAAGUGGCAAGAGUCCAUGAGCGAGUGACGUAUCGAAUAUACAUUCCUACCAGGAAGGGGCAAAGUUAACCAAACCUCAAAAUGCCUAUAAAUACAUCUCCUACCACACACCUCAGUUUUACAAACUUUGCCUCCCUGUGAAGGUGGUGAAGCAAGAUGUGCUUGAUUUUUGAUUUUCUUCUGUAAAGUGUGCUUCUAAGCAUUUUGAAGCCCAAUUCCUCUGAGUACAGUGUUUGUCAGAGGGAUGUGAAAGGAGUAUUGCCUGUUGCUUUAGUGGUUUCACUCAUGGGAAAUUCCUUGCCUCCCUUUUCAGACUGACGUUAUACUCCUAUACCAUUACCUCUGCUGAUAUUUUUCAGUACUGGUUUGGCUGUCUGCUAUAUGUGGAUGGGUGUCUUCUGGUAAGUAUGUAUCAUUUUUUUUAAGACACUCUAAGUUUGGCACUUUGUUAUAAAGUAUUAAUUAUAUGUAUUUGCUUAUAUUUGCCAAGAGUCAGGUCUAUGUAUAUUUCCCUUUUAUGCAAACUAUCAGUUUCAGUAUGGAAUUUGUUUGGGAAGAUAAUUUUUAAUUACCUGGGGUUCCAGUUCUCUUAAUUUGACUUGGUUUUCCAAAUUUUCGCGGGUAAACUAGGCUCACGGGGAAGCAAAAUGCCAUUUUUUUGGCGCGAAAUUGCGUCUAAGGUGACGUAAGUUUCGUAAUUUCCUGCAUCUUUUUGGACGAGAGUUGUUUUGGCGUGAAGUCGCGCUUGUUAUGACGCGAGUUGUGUCAUUUCCUUAUAGCUUUGCUGCCAAAUUUUUUUACUUCCUUUUUGCGUCAUACUUGGCGCCAAAGUUUUUUGUAUACUACCCCUCUUCCUUUAUUGCUUCUGAUUCUCUUCAUAUUAAGAGCUAUGAUGCUUAUGUUUUUGCAUCUUUAGUAUAAGCAUUUUUUCCCAUUCCUGAAACUGCUAUGAGGAAUUUGGAUAUUUUGUUUAAAUGUUUUUUCUUUUUACAUUUUGCAAGAUGUCUCAAUCUGAUCCGGCCUCUGAUGUUGCUGUAGAAACCAUGCUGCCUAAACACAGUUCUACCAAGCUAAGUGUGUCUGUUGUAAAUUUAACUGAUGUUAUUUCUUGAGCCCAAUUAUGUAGCAUCUGUCAUAAGAUUUUGCAUGCUGAUAAUGUUACCUUCAACGUCUAAAGUACCUGAUAUUCCUGCAGAUGUAAAGAAUUAUAUUGCUGCAGCUAUAGAUAAGACCGUCUGCUAUCCCGCCUUCGAAUAAACAUAAAAUGUCUUUUAAAACUUCUCAUAAUUCUGAUGAAAUUUGUGUUGAUCGACAACAUACUGAAAUAUCCUCUGCUGAUGAGGAUUCUUCUGGUUCAGAAGAUCCUGAUUCAGAUUCUGAAAUUGACAAAUCUUCCUAUCUGUUUGAUAGAUUAUAUUCGUUCUUUAUUAAAGGAAGUUCUGGUUACUUUGGGUAUUGAAGAGUCUAGUUCUCUUGAUAAUAAAGCCAGUAAACUUUUAAAUACUGUUUAAACCUCCUAAGGUUGCACCUGAGGUUUUUCCUGUUCCAGAUGCUGUUUCUGAUAUGAUUACUAAAGAAUAGUCUAAGCCUGGUUCUUCUUUCAAUCCUUCUAGGUUUAAGA